ACCGGCUCAUCCUCCCCACAAUCAACGAUGGCAACGGAACCACUGCAGACUGUAAUUAUCGAGGCCAAGAAGGAGCACACGGCCACCGUAAUCCUCAUACACGGCUUGACCGGGAAGCCCCUGAAGGACGACGAAAAGGAGGGCGACUUCGACUGCGUGCCCAACUACCUUAGAAACCAGAGCUCUCUCGACCACAUCAGAUGGGUGUUUCCCAUCGGUCCCAAGCGGCUGAUUACCAGGGACAACGACGGGAUCCUGAAGACUGCGUGGUUCGAUAUCACGAAGAACUUGGCCGAUGGCAGGACGGAGGCCGAUGAAGAUGUCAAUGGCCUCCUCACUUCUGUGCGACAGCUAGACGGUAUUGUUGCGAAGGAGGUGGAGGCGGGUGUCAAGCCGGAGCGUAUCGUCAUCGGCGGUUUCUCGCAGGGUGCGGUCAUGGCGCUCCUCACGGGCCUUACAGGAACAGGAUCGCGGACGCCGGAGGAGGAGGGGCGCGAGAAUGAGAGCAAAUGGAGCUUAGGAGGAGUCCUGGCGCUUGAUGGAUACAUCCCUAUUAUAAGUCGCUUUAUCAAGUACCUAGCCCCGAACGCGCGCGACACCCCACUAUUUUGGGGACACGGUAUUGAAGACACUAUCGUACCGUAUGAAGACGCAGGCGUAGCUUCUGUGCAUGGCCUCAGUCGCCUCUACACGCGCCCCAACCCACCAUCUUCCGCGCCUCCUCCACCCGUGCCGAUAGGCGAGUUCGACCAUCCCAACGCUCCACUUUACGUUGCAAUUGCUGCAGACACUAAAAUGGUACCACGAGGUGAGGGAGGGGGAUGGAUCGAGUUCCACUCGUUCGCGGGUGUUGCACACGAGAUUCCAGAGUACGAGUUACCUUUUAUCCAGCGUUGGCUAGAGCGCGUGGUUCCGUCAAGCUACUAGGAUACGUCGUUCAAGUUUGCGAGAGAUUUUCAUAUUGUCGGAAUAAGCCCUGAAAUCGUGAGCAAUAGCCUCGUAUUACCCACUCCCAGAUCCUAAGCACCGUCCCUCACAAAUUCGCCAAUAUGUAGGCCAACGAUUGAUACGAGUAGUAGUAGAAGACAUACAUAAUGAUCGUCGGAUCGUCCAAGAGUC